UUUCCCUGCUGCCACCGUUCCCGACGCUGACACCAAGGCCCUUUUUUUCUUCUAUUGAUGUAUAGCGACUCCAAGGCUUCAAGACCUUGACUAGAUCUAUAAUGGACACGUAUGGCCAGGGAGAAGACCGCUAUAGCAAUAUUGCAAUCUUGCCUGCACUUGCCUAUGGAAAUAUACAAUGACACAGUUCAAAAAGCCUGAAGAGUGAGYACUAAUUGAGCUCUGACUGGGUCCAGAGGCCGAUGAUGAUUUCUAAUGGAGACUUGAAGCUGGGUACAGGAAGGCAUGCUCAUGAUUAUGGCUGUGGCCUUGAGCAGAUAAGGAAGAACUCAGAUAGGAUGGCGUCACAGGAAGGGGGGGAGCCGCCUCCUAACGGCAGCCAAMCAGACAGCCGGUUGAAGAGCAAGAAGCCGCCCAGUCUGGUCAUAACCAUCCCUGCACCAGAGGAAGAAGAGAGUGUUGAAGAGGGYGCUGAAACGGUCAAGCAGCCCCUGCGUUCGUCCCUGAAGAAAAGCGAGAGCCUGCAGCAGGCCAGUCCUCUGUCUGACAGUGGUACUGAUGGUGGUGGUGGAGGAGGUCACAAUGUUGGGGACAGGAGGGCAGCCUUCCACAGACAGAACUCCCUGUCUCAGAGCAUACGCAAGGGUACAGCCCAAGCUACAGCCCAGGCAGCAGGUUGGUUCGGGGUGGGUGAGGACUGUGAGACCAAGCAGCAGCUAUGGCAGAAGAAGAGCCUGCGCCACUGCAGCCAGCGCUACGGCAAGCUCAAGGCCCAGUACAGAGAGCCAGAGCUCCCCAUCAGCAUGGACCAGGGCCUGGACUCACCCGCCGCAAACAAGAUGCCCAAGAUUGUGGACCCCCUAGCGCGGGGGCGAGCGUUCCGCUGUCCGGAUGAGACGGACCGACCUCCCCGUACCCCCCACACGAGACCCGUCACCCCGGGGUUCUCCUCCCAGCGCUCCGGGGGCUACGCCCACCUGCCCCGACGCAAGAGGGAGUCUGUCGCCCGCAUGAGUAUACGAGCAGCGUCCAACCUACUCAGGGGUGGUUCAGGUCUAGUGGGCUCCCAGACAAGUCGUAGUUUUCGCCGGCGGAGCUUCGCCCGGCCCAGCUUGCUGGAUGAGGAUACUGUGGACUCAGCAGACACUCACGGGUCCGUCUUCUUCAGCAAGGUAAUGAUACUCCAUCUACCUUUCUCUCUGUGUCCUUCCCUUGCUUUCUCUCUUUCUGUUUGUCUGUCUCUCUGUGUGCCUCAGUCGUCUCCCUUUCUCUCCCUCUCCUCUUUUGCUGCCUCCAACUGCAUGUUUUUGUUUGGAUUAGUUCUCUGUCUCUUCUAUAUGAAUGUUCACAAGCCCCCCACUCGUUUGGUCCCCCGCUACACAGGUAUUGCACGUCCACUCACGCUCAAACCUAACUAUAACAGGGGCAAGGGCGGCCACACGCGCAAGACCGUUGCUGUCAGAUACCAGGCCCCUCUGAUGCCAUCAACAAGCCUGCCCACGGUGCCCAUGCUGGUGGCUUGA